UUGGGCAUCAUUGGGGGAUAAUGUGCGAUUGACGUUGGAGGGCAAUAAUGAUCUGCGCGUAAAAGCGCCAUAUCGAGUCAAUAUCGAGUCAAAGGUCGUGUGACGCGAACAUCCCCUCAUCCCUUCGAAUGUCGCCAGCCCACUGCCCAGCCUCUCGGCGCUACUCAACACCCCCCCAAAUAAUACCUCCUCCAAGUUGCCUGCCUGGCCCACACCGCAGCACAGCAGUAGGCUACCGUCAGGCAGGCAACAAGAACCCGAAACGAGAGCAGCAGCGACGUGUGAAAGGGUCCUGUGGAGCUCAACUCGUUUCUCUAGGCGCCUUAACCACCUAUCGUCCUCAACAUGAAGGUGCGAGUCCUCCCUGCCCACUCGGACAGCGACGACUAUGCGAGCGACACGAAUACCGGCCUCUCUGCGCACUCGGGCGGCGGCGAACGAUCCACACCAGCUCCGAGGAUCCGUUCCGAAGGCGAAUUUCAAGAAUGGGUGAGGAGUUGGAUUGCCCUGAGUAGGCUGUACAACUACCACGACAUCCACGAGAGGCCAAAAAGAGCAAUCGGGGCGAAGCGUCAAAGCCAGCGAUCGUUAUGGAGACAGCUGACAACGCGGAGACGAACCCCGCGGUAUCGCUUGAAGUUGGGGGAUAUGCCCCCGGAGGUCCUACAGCAGAUCGCCUCAUAUCUUGGGAAUCGCGACCUGGCCACUCUUCUACAAACCCCUUCGACGUACAUAUCAGCUAUUGCACAUACAGCCAUUGCGAGCCGCCGUCACAGCAUUACAUGCCUAGCAAACCUUCAUACAUUCCUUGCUUAUGGCGGACGGUUACCCAUCUUCUACCGCACGGCAACGAUGUUCCUUUUUGGACGACAUUUCAUUCGCUUAGUUCCUGAGGCGAAGAAUCUUUUGGGGGUUUGGUACGCUGUUAUACUCGCGUGGUUUUUGAUCCUAUUCUACACAUUCCCGUUUUUGCUCGUCAUUGCGAUUUACAUCGUUUUGGACGUUCUGACGCUAAUGGUCCGCACCACUGCGUCGUUGAUGCAUCACACCUCCCCAAUCACGACAACGAGCCACUUCCCAGCCUUCUUCAAAACGCCUACCACCAUCACAUAUACCCAAUUGGUCCGGGACCUCAGCUUCACCGGUGCCACGGAUCCCCACACUCCGACAAGGGGUCUUCUGAACCCAUGGGCUUCCCAUUUAUACCUCCUCACAAACUGCUGCCCGAACUUACGGCGCCUCCAUCUUGUCGGGUGCUCGUUGGCCUGGUGGUUCCGGCUCGCUCCGUUGAGCAAUUUGGAGGAACUGGUUUUGGAAGCCUGCGAACUCGACGAGACUGGCCUGGAGAUCCUGGCAGAGAACUGCGGGAGCGAGCUCAGGAGGAUCUCCUUUGUAGGAGGUGAAGUCCGGGGCGGCGAUAUUCCCGAUGAUGUUAUUGCCAACAACGGCAACGGGAUGCUUGGCAUUCAAGUAUCGGCCGGCGUCAACGGUCUUGCGAACAAACGAUCCGAGCCUGUAAUUUGCUUUCCCAAGCUCGAGAAGUUGUCGUUCUCCAGACACGCGGUCAUCGACGCCGGCGGCCUGGAUCUGUUCAUGAAGCGGGCGCCUACCCUCACGAAUCUGACCUAUUCGACCGACUGUCGAGGCCUGCAUACCCAUUUGUCUGAGAAGUGGGGCGCGGAGAUUGGUCAGGAUGAACACCUGGUUGGAGAUGUGCAAGGGCUGUCUAUCGCUUUGGCUUCUCCUGCUUAGAAGGCGAUUUCGUCGUUCCGUUUUGUGUUGUCUGUUUUUCCUGUACACAUUUUUGUUUCUGUAGUCCUUGUCGUACUUGUCAAAGUGAAAUACAUAAGAUUUUUGGG